AUUGAAAUCACUUUAUUACACGAAUAAGUGAUAAGAUUUUUUUAAUUUUCGCUUGGCUCGAAAGAUUACGGGUCCUUUAAGGACAUCUCAAAAGAUAGAAUCUUCUGUUGCCUUUUCCGAUUUCCCCUGUUUCACUUUCAUUAGGAAUUUUCCUUUCUCAUCUUUCCCCCAAAUUUUCAAACCCACCACUUUCCCGGAAACCGCCUUGUUUGUUUCCCAAGAAAAUUUCCCCAUUCCGUACAUCCUUAUAAAUCCACCACCGCACACUUCCAUCCUUCCACUCAAAAACCUAGCUAUCUAUAACCUCCAUAAAUCUGCAAUUUCAAAAAUAAACAAAACAAAAAGGAAAAUUUGUCCGAUUCCGAUGGAUGUCAUCGGCAGAAAACAGGCGAAGAUCAGAAGAAGCAAGAAAUCGGCCGCCGAUUUCAAAGUCGUCUACAUUUCGAGUCCGAUGAAGGUGAAAACCAGCGCCUCCAAGUUCAGAUCUCUCGUCCAGAAGCUCACCGGCCAGGACUCCGACGCCGAGCGCUUCAUGGAGCUGAUCGCCGCCGCCGCCGCCGCCGAUCGGAAUCAUCUUCAGCCAUCGUCGUCGGCGGCGUUCCUCGACCACCAACUCCUCUGCGACGCCGACGACGAUCAAAUCGAUCGCGAUAAUCAUCACCGUCUCGUGUCUGGUAACAUCGAAUCGUCGUAUCAAUCGUCGAUUGCUCCGCCGGAUGAUUUGAUUUUGCAGAACUUCGAUGCGAAUUUUGCAGACAUGUUCCAUGGCUUUUUGCACGAUUCUUCUACACAAACUCAGAUGCCGGGUUUGGCUCUACUGUAAAUACGCCGCACCCUAUACUUUCUCCAUUUUUUAAAAAAUACUUUUUAUUUAGCUUAAUAUUGUGACGUGGAUUUGUAUAGAUCGAUAAAUAUUUCUUUUUUAAUAUACGUGGAAAUUGAGAAA